UGAUAUAAUCAAAGAUAUCAUUUGAUAAUGGAAAAGAAAUGUUUUGCAAUAUUUAGUUGUAGUACAUUUCAAGUGUAGUGCGCUUACACAGCUUGAAAACUGUGUAUCAAUCGCGAAUUUAAAAGAAAAAAAAUAACAAAUUAGUAUUUCUAAUUAUCAAUUAUAGUGGUAGUCAAGGUGAUGUAAAAUUUCCUAUAAUGUCCACGCUGCCUUGAAUUAACAAGAUAACUUAUCUAAUAUUGAAAUUGAACGUUCUAAGACAAUAUUUGUAAGAUAACGCAAAAUGAGGAUGCGGAAGAAACCAGAUCUUAGGCUACACAUUCCUUCAUAUCCUCACGACUAUGUAGAAAUGCCUACGGAAACCAGACGACUAAUUCUCGAAGCGAAUCGAACACCGAAUGACAUUAAAUACAUCGACGAAGACGAGGCGGGACCAUCUGAUGUUAACUUUACAGUUGGCAGCCCUAAAAACUCUGCUGAAGUGGGAUCUAUCACAUCUGAAGUGAAAUCUUCCACACCAGAAGUGAGAUCUCCAACACCUGAAGUGAAAUUCGCCGAAUCGUAUGAAAGUAGGACUGAUAAAAGUGAAGGGAAAACGGAUAACAAUGUAACAAUUGGUAGUGACAGUCCUGUAGUGUAUAGAAAAUUGAAAAGAGCCUCAAUUUCGAUGCCCGAUGAAAUUACAAAUUUUGAAAGAACGAAGAAGGAAGCUAAAAUUAACAUACCGGAGCAUCAUCAGAGCUCUGCUUCGGGCUUUAGUGAUGGCAAUGGGGACGACGGCAAUGCGCUGUCUGAUGACGACAGAGUCAAGACGCCUCUCCGGUCUCCACGGCGCAAGGGCGCGCGCCGCCUGGGCCGCUCUGAGUUCAGCAUGGACGACGACGAUUACUCACCCAGCAACUCCGUUACCUCAGUAAACUCACUGGCAAGCUUGUUAAAGGAGAAACUACAGAGCAUCCCGCAAAAGAUGCGUAAGAAACCGACAGACUACAAGCUACGUGCGUUCGUGGCUCUCAUGUUCCUAGCGGUGGUGUUCUUUGUCAGCUUCGCGUACGUGUUGUACCAUCAGCAGGCCCUUACGAAGGCCUACUUCGACACUGUGCAGUUCAACGAGCCCAAGCGACUCAUCAGGAUCUACAAUAAGGAUGAAAUUGAGAUACUCAGAGCUAGUUUAGGUGUAAGCCUGGAGGGCGUGAAGAAAUCGUAUCCGUGUUUGCCGGAGCACCGCUUGGGUGAUGGCUCUGAGUGUCUGCAAUGGGCGCGAGCCUUGAGGCUCUACCUGAAGAGCUUGCCGCACGACCCCGGCCUCGACAACACUACUUGUUACUCCGUGCACUGGAAGGCUUUGCAUUCAGAUAUCGCACCUACGGACUGCUUUGACUGGAGUGACACCAAGGUUCAUUGGUACGGCGGCGGACAGUCACUAAACUUGACCUGGCCAGUCAACACCGGUCUCAUAGACUUCACGCCCUUCAUCACUGGCGACAUACAAAAGUCACAGUGGAGUAACGUUUUGACACGCUACUUUAUAAAUUCCAAAGGAGCCGCUUUAAUCAUCGACGAAGAAACACCUCUGCAUGUCGCCAUUAAUAACGGCAGGAAGGAGAUAUGUCUCAAAGCUAAAUUUGAUGACUUUGCAUUCGUAAAUAGGGUUACGGAAUUUCCAGAACUCCGAUAUAAUAUAUGUACGUCGAGAGAUAUGAAGUCUCUACAUUCUUCUAUACACAGCCACAGAAGGGCGCCGUUGUGGGACGGCUUGAAGCCGAAAGACAUGCAGACUUUAGAAUCACUGAUAUCAGAGCCAGUUUGGCAAAUCGCACCGAGAUUCAAACACGAAUUAAACGCAGAAACCAUUUCAAAAUACACCGAAGACGUAAUUAACCUAGGCUUUCUAAAACAAGGUCACGUUUUAAUUAAUGAAUUCUGGCAGAACGAAAUAGGCGACUUUACCGUCGAUAAAUCUCGCUUCGAUACACUGAAUAUUACAGUUGACAAGUUGCAUAGAAGAGGAUUCAAAGUAACAUUUACGGUUCAGCCUUUCGUAAGCACGGAAAGCAAAAACUUUGCUGAGACUGUACAGAAAAGAUUGCUUGUUAACGAAAGAAACGGUGAUCGUCGAAUCCCAGCACUGACAAGGUUCAAGUCUUCUCCCAGCGCGGGUGUGAUCGACAUCACGAACAAUCGAUCAGUUCCUUGGAUACUGGAUAAGCUCCAAGCAGUCAUUGAUGAAUACUUUAUAGACUCGUUCUAUUUCGAUUUAGGCACGGCUUACGAUAUGCCACAUUACUAUCAGUGCGAGAAGCAGUUGAUCAACCCCGAUCAGUACAAGACAAUAUUUACAAAAACCUUCGAAAAGUCUUUGGAUAUAAUAGGGGUGUCCUCAGCGGUGAAUCUACCGAGACCGCCGAUCUUUGUUUCUUUACCCCCGUUUGAAUCUACUUGGCAGGCUUUGAGACAAGUUAUACCGACAAUGUUAACGUAUGGCGUGAACGGAUAUCCGUUUAUAAUGCCAGGAGCUGUGGGCGGUGACAUUUAUUGGCCGGGCAGUGAGCAGUUCUUACCAUCAUCGAAGGGAUUAAUGGAAUCUAACGCAGCGAAUUCGACGCAAGAGAAUGGAAUAGAUUUGCCUGAGAGAGAACUGUAUAUGAGAUGGCUGCAGAUGGCAACUUUCUUGCCCGUGAUGAAGUUUACUCAUUUACCGAGCAAAUAUAACGACGAGAGAGUGUUAGAAAUGGCAAAGAAUUUGACUUUGUUGAGGCAAAAACUGAUAACGCCACUCCUGCUAAAAUACAAGCGUGAAGCGCUGGAGGAGGGCCUGCCGCUGGUUCGUCCGUUGUGGCUGGUAACGGGAGGCGAUUCCGCGCUCUCUGUGCGCGACGAAUUCGCCAUCGGAGACGAGCUGGUGGUAGCUCCAGUUCUGCGUCCCGGAGAGACCAGUAGAGAAGUGUACCUGCCGGCGGGGCUGUGGCAGGACGGUAUCGACGGGUCUCUGCGCAAGGGCAGCCGCUGGAUGCACGACUACCGCGUACCUGUAGAUCGUGUCGCGUAUUUCAUUCGGAAGCCUGAUGAUAUGAGGUUCAAGUGACACUAUUAUCUGACAAUACCAAGUACUAUAGCAAUUGUGUGACGAACAGAUAUGCCACUAAUACUGUCUCAAGAUCCAAGUACAAACGGUAAUUAGUGAACUGACUGAAGUUUUUUAUUUCUUCAAAAAUUUUAAUACUGUUCGAUGUAUUCUUUAAUUGUAACACAAAUUACAUUCUU